GGAGGGGAAGGCUGGCGGACGCCGCAGCGAACUGGUGGGCAGACCCGGAGUCGCCGCGUAAGCGGGGCCGGCUCAGUGCGGUGCGGCAGGCGCGGCUGUGCGGCAGCGGAAGUCCUUUGUUGCAGCACAGUCCCUGGCAGAGCCAGAGCCUCUCCGCGCAGCCCAGCCCGAGUGCUGCGCGCCGCCGCCACUGCAGCUCACGGCCCCUUCGCCUCGCCCGCCUUUCCCGCGGCUGAUUUGACUUAAACUCCCUAAAAUCUCCGCAGUCCCGGUUCUGCUACAGCCGGUCUCUAAUUAAUAGAAGAUGGCAAAGCCCAGCCACAGCAGCUACGUCCUUCAGCAGCUAAACAACCAAAGGGAAUGGGGUUUUCUCUGUGACUGUUGCAUUGCAAUUGAUGACAUUUACUUUCAAGCACACAAAGCGGUUCUAGCUGCCUGUAGCUCCUAUUUUAGAAUGUUUUUCAUGAACCAUCAGCAUAGUACUGCACAACUAAAUCUCAGCAACAUGAAAAUUAGUGCUGAGUGUUUUGAUCUCAUUUUGCAAUUUAUGUAUUUAGGAAAAAUUAUGACAGCCCCCUCCAGUUUUGAGCAGUUUAAAGUGGCAAUGAACUACCUACAGCUGUACAAUGUUCCUGACUGCUUAGAAGAUAUACAGGAUGCAGAUUGUUCUAGUUCAAAAUGUUCAUCUUCUGCUUCCAGCAAACAGAACAGCAAAAUGAUAUUUGGGGUAAGAAUGUAUGAAGACACUGUGGCUAGAAAUGGCAGUGAAGCCAAUAGGUGGUGUACAGAACCAAGUUCAACAGUAAAUACACCACAUAACAGAGAGCCUGAUGAAGAAUCCUUACAGUUAGGUAGUUUUCCUGAACCACUAUUUGAUGUGUGUAAAAAAAGUUCUGUGUCCAAAUUAUCUACUCCAAAAGAACGUGUGUCGCGACGCUUUGGACGGAGCUUUACCUGUGACAGCUGUGGAUUUGGCUUUAGCUGUGAAAAAUUACUAGACGAGCAUGUGCUAACCUGUACUAACAGACACUCAUACCAAAACACGAGAUCUUAUCACAGGAUAGUAGAUAUAAGAGAUGGAAAGGAGAGUAAUAUCAAAGCUGAAUUUGGUGAAAAGGAUUCUUCUAAAACAUUUUCUACACAGUCGGACAAAUACAGAGGAGACACAAGCCAGGCUGCUGAUGAUUCAGCUUCUCCCACUGGAAGCAGAAAAAGUAGCACAGUGGAGUCCGAACUAGCCAGUGAAGAAAAAAGCAGAGCUGCUGAGCGGAAAAGAAUCAUUAUUAAGAUGGAGCCAGAAGAUAUUCCUACAGAUGAACUGAAAGACUUUAAUAUUAUUAAAGUUACUGAUAAAGACUGUAAUGAAUCCACUGACAAUGAUGAAUUAGAAGAUGAACCUGAAGAGCCCUUUUAUAGAUACUAUGUUGAAGAAGAUCUUGGUGUUAAAAAAAAUGGUAGGAAAACUCUCAAACCUAGGAUGUCCAUAAAUGCUGAUGAAAGAGGUAGUUUAGAAAAUAUGAGGCCCCCUAGCAACAGCAGUCCAGCACAAGAGGAUACUGAAAAUGCAUCCUGUGAGCUGUGUGGACUCACAAUAACAGAAGAGGACCUGUCAUCUCAUUACCUAGCCAAACACAUUGAAAAUAUCUGUGCAUGUGGUAAAUGUGGACAGAUACUUGUUAAAGGCAGACAACUUCAGGAACAUGCUCAAAGAUGUGGAGAACCCCAAGAUCUGACAAUGAAUGGGUUAGGAAAUACUGAGGAGAAAAUGGACAUGGAAGAGAAUCCUGAUGAGCAGUCUGAAAUAAGAGAUAUGUUUGUUGAAAUGUUGGAUGAUUUUAGGGACAAUCAUUUCCAGAUAAACAGUAUCCAAAAAAAGCAGUUAUUUAAACAUUCUGCAUGUCCUUUUCGAUGCCCUAAUUGUGGCCAGCGUUUUGAAACUGAAAAUCUAGUGGUGGAACAUAUGUCUAGCUGCCUAGACCAAGAUAUGUUUAAGAGUGCCAUCAUGGAAGAAAAUGAAAGAGAUCACAGACGAAAGCAUUUUUGUAAUCUGUGUGGAAAAGGAUUUUAUCAGCGGUGUCACUUAAGAGAACACUAUACUGUUCAUACUAAGGAAAAACAGUUUGUUUGUCAGACAUGCGGAAAGCAGUUUUUAAGAGAACGUCAGUUGCGACUGCACAAUGACAUGCACAAAGGCAUGGCCAGGUAUGUCUGUUCCAUUUGUGAUCAAGGAAACUUCAGAAAACAUGACCAUGUACGGCAUAUGAUUUCUCAUUUGUCUGCUGGUGAGACGAUAUGCCAGGUCUGCUUUCAGAUAUUCCCAAAUAAUGAACAAUUGGAACAGCACAUGGAUGUUCAUCUGUAUACAUGUGGAAUAUGUGGAGCAAAAUUUAAUUUGAGGAAAGAUAUGAGAUCACAUUAUAAUGCUAAGCAUUUGAAAAGAACAUAAGUGAUUUUCUACUGUACUAAUGUUUAGUUGAUAGCAGACAAGCACCAAAGCAAAUAUGAGCUAUUUAGAAAUUGAUUUUAUAAGAUGAAUUGUUGGAAAAAAAUUUCAAGGCCCUUUUACCUUUUAAUAUUUUUGUUUAGGAUCUUAAGUAUUUACAUUUUAGGUGUAAUUAAAUGUUCUAUCAUUUUUGUUAUUUCUCAUUAGAGUUCUUUGUUUUUAGUUUGUUUUAGCUAUGAUUAAAAUUACUUAUAAAUAUAGAUUACAAGUCGUUGUUACCCCUUCAGUGACUAUUAAACUUUAGUUUAUCAAUAAGGUGAUACCUUCAAUAUUGCUAUGUGUUUUUUUUUUUAAAGGUUAUCCUGUGAAAUUUUAAACCUGUCAUUGGCCAUUCCUGUUUAUUUAAAAGAGAGAAUGUUUUAAGUAAUUAGUUAUCUGAAACUAUCCCUUUCAUCGUUAGCUUUUUUUGUAAGUUGAACAGUGGUCUAGCCACUGUUUAUUUCCCCUUCUUAUCAAUGAAAUCCUUUUCUUAAGUUGACAAGCUUAUUAGGCAGGUUAGGUGCACUGAAUCUAACCUUGAAGGUUGACAUGGGCUCAAAGUUGGCCUAAAAAAAUUGAUGGACAUAAGGAAAUUGCUAUAAAUGAAUAUUUCCUAUAACUGAUAAAAUAUUAUCAUUUAAUAAUCACAUUUAAAACUUAUAUUAAGUGUAAAACCCAAUGACUUUACCCCACUUGAGAAGUUGGUACAAGUCAUUUUGUUUUGUGAUAUUAAAUUUAACUAUGAUAGUUAAUUAAAAAGACAUGUAUUCAUUUAAAAUAAUUUAAAAUAUUCUGAUUUCUAAAGUGUGUUUAUCAAUUAUUUUUGUUUAUAAAUAGACUUUAAUAUCUCUCUAGGAAUAUGAAAUCUGAAGAAAAGUGAUUUUCACCUUUAAAAUUACUUUUGGAACUUAAGUUUGAAAUUUGAGAAAGCUGCCAUGUAUAUUGAUAAAUCUAAUAAAAUAAAGAAAUCAAUUACAAAUCUGGUUGUUUUAUAAAAGUAGAGUGUGCAAAAAAAAUGUCUUGUGUUUUAUACUAUCUAAGAUUUGGAGCAAAUGUGUAGUGGCAAAUAAAGCAGUUUAUCACCAUGCUUUAUUAUUUUUUUCUGUAAAGGAUUUAUAAAAUCUGAGGAUUAUAAAAUAAUUACAUAACAUAUAAAUGGGAACAGCUUACCAGUUUUUUAUAUAGUUAAAAUAGUAUUACUGUUAGUUGUUGCUGACACAGGGUCUACAUGAAUUACAUGUGAAUUAAAACACUGGCAAAACUGACCCACCAAUAAACACAUCUAUUGAAUGCCUUUUAAUGUGAAUUUCACUUCCACUGGAAUAUCCUUCUCAUAAUGAAAGGGAUUUUAAAUAACUCCAAUAUUUAAAAAUGCAAUUUUGUGAUUAUGAACAGCAAUUUAACAGUGUUGUUCUUUUUGUUUACAUCAAAUUUUUAAGACAUGCAAGUCUAUGGUAUAAAAUUUGCGUAAAAGAACGAGUUGCCAAGAGGAUUGAUAAACAUAUUGAGUAGAAAAGAUUUAGUUGAAAGAGAAGUAAGUAUUAAUACAUUGUUAGCUCAGAGAUUUGUGGGCAUGUGCUGAGGUGUUAAGGAAGGAUAGAAAUAGUACAGGAACCAUGUGGUAUUAAAGCAAAGUAAUGAAAAGUAGAAAUGCACAAAAGAUAAAUGAAAAAUUAGGAAUUUUUUUAAAGCCACACAUGGAAAAAGCAGGAAACAUGAUUCAUCUUAGUCUUGGAUACAGUAGUUUAUCAUGUAAUUAAAUCUGAAAUGCAACUUAAAGUGAAAUAUGGUAUAUACAUUACUGAUAAGAACCUGAUAAAAGUACUGCAACAAACCCAGAGAUCCAUCAGAGUGUAGUGUGAGGAGAUAAAGAUCAAUCAAAUUUCCAAACUAUAUUUGGUAUCUUAGUUGACAUUUUCUUUGGGAUCACUUUUUUUUCCAUGACCUUCAUCAAAUUCUAUUGCAAUGGCUUUCCCACCAUUAAAGAACAGAAUUCUUUCUGAAUAUUACCACUCUGUAAAAGGAUUGUCCCAUUUAGGAAAGGGAGCUUAAUGUAUUGUUUUGACGCGUACUAACAGUCAACAAUUAGCAUGUAAAUAUAUACACAUUAAGCAUAAUCUUUGAUUUUUACGGAGAUGUUUAUAGUUUUACAAAGCCACACCUCAUAAUGUUGUCUACCAGUUCAUGCUACACAGGACAGAGACCUUUUGUUUUGGAACUAGCUACAUGCCAGCUCAGGCUUAAGUAUAAUGUACAAUUUUCCUUAUUAAAGCAAAGAGUGCAUUUUAAGGCUACUUGCCCUUUAAACAAGGGGGAAUGAAAAAUAUUCAAUACUCUCCAACCCAGGUGCCUCUCUCUUCCUGGGGUGGAGCUACAGAGCUGAACUUAGUACUGUGGCUUCUUGACCCCCAGUGCUGAGAAGGCAAAGAAUCAAGGUUGUGGAGGCUACCUGCCCCUCCUGCCUUUAUAAUUUAUGUGACAGCUCCAAAUCUAAAAUUGAAGGGAAAUAUCUAGAUAGAUAAUGUGGAAUCUUGUUUUGCUUUCUCACAAAUACAGUCUUGUGUGAAGAGCCUUUUGUCUUCCAGCAAGAAAUCCUGGAGGAGUGGAGUCAAUGCCUAACAAGCUUGCCACCAAUUACAGUGCAAUUCAGAUGUUUAUAAUUAUUUAGUAAACAGGUCUAAGAAUCUCAGAGAUUAAUAAAGCACAACUAUGUGGCAGUGGAGUAGGACUCAGAAAUCUGUCUUAAUCUCUCCCAUAUUUUUAAAGUAAAAAUAUUCAGAGAAAUGACUCACAUGAAUAAAAUGGUACAGGGUGAAUUUUGAAUAUGGACAAAAAUUAGAAUAAAUAAGUAUUCCAGGGGCUAGUUAUAAAAUAAGAACAGAGUUUGCUAGGGCAGCCAGAGCACCAACUAAAGGGAAAAAUAAUAGGUUGACAUGAAAAAAUACUUAAGUGCUGUGGUUGAGAACAAAAAUAAGAUAGCAAAAGUUGAAUUAAAAGCAUUCAAAAUUUUCUAGGUGGGAUGGGUAGAGAUUAAUUUGAUAGGUUAAAAUAAUUUGAUUAAAAUAAUUCAAUCAGAUCUAUAGAAUACCUAAUGAAACAGCUGUUAGGAACAUGCCAAGGAUAUGCCCAAAGACUUGAGAUAAUAUACCAACUUUAACAUUCUAAAAAAGUGGGAAAAGAGGCUAGUGGUGGUCGGCAACUUUCUCCCCAGUUAAACACUUGUUCCUCUACAUCACUAGUUAAGGAACUUCCAUAUUAGAUCUCUGGAAAAUCCCCCAAAGAAUCAAACAUAAAACUUGUCAUUGCUGUUAACCAAAAGCUAAAUCAGUACCAACCUAAAGGAAAAAAAAAAAAAAUCCUGAAUGUGUUUGCACACACAUAGUUGCGAAUAAAGACAUUUGGUAUAUUUCUUAAUUUUAAAUGGGUUUUAUCCAUUAAAAAACUUUUUUUGCCAUUAAUCUACUUUGGUCAGUUGCGAUCUUUCCUCACCUCCUCCUUGUCUUUUGUAACGCUUCUCAGUGAUAAAUGCCAGUGCUUUGUGGGCACCCUAGUGUCACCAAAGCCUGGGAUUCCAGGGUACCCAAAAGCUCUGUGGGAACAUAUCCUUGUGGAAUGUCUCUCAUUUCCUCGGAUACCUGAGGGGCAAUAACGAGCUGACAGGGUGAAUGCCAGGGAAUUGAAGCAAACAGAGUUAAAUUUGGUGUUAAGGACUUUAAGCAGCAGCCUAGAUUUGGACACCCGUGAUCCAUCCAUUCUAUGGCUCUCAUUUAGUAAUCCCAGCAUCCAUUUAGUUACACUUUAUACUCUGAGCGCUUUGCAUGUGUAAUUUUAAUCAAUCCUCACAGCCUUAUGAGGUAAGUAUCAUUCUUAUUUUCCAGAUGGACUGAGGUGCAGAGAGUUUUUCCCUCAGAUCACACAGAAACUAAAUACUAAAGCUGGAAUUUGAAACUAGACCUAUCUGUUUUCUGCAUUCCUGUGCUUAACCACUAAGCUAUAUACUCCACCUACCAAGAAAUACAAGGAAGGGCCUUUCAGUCUAGGACCACAUGUGAUAAAGCUCCCAUGAGACUCUGUGCUUGUGUAUCAUCUGUCAUCUGCUGUACCUAAUAAGUAGCUGGUCAUAGUGGGUACCUAAUAAAUAUUUUGAAUAAUAUGAAAAUAUAUGAGUUGGAAGCAGAACUUUUUAUUUAAAUGGGUCAUUCAGAAUGAUGUUUUAGAAAUUACUAACAUGUUUUGGUUUAAGUUUUUUAUUUAAACUUAAAACAUUUAGUGAUACUGUCAGCCAUUUUGGGAGGCCCAUUGUAGGUGCUCAAUUAAAAAUUUGAAUUAAACUUCCAUAUUUCUACCUAUGUGAUAUUUUCACACUGUUUUCCCUAUUCCUGACCUUUAUGUUCUAAUCUCACCAAUCACCACUUCCUUUUAUAGAAUAUUAGACUGGUGAGUUGAAAACCUCAAAUCAUUGGAAAAUAUUCCCAAGAAAAAUCAGGAUCCAAGAAAAACCACUUUCCAAUUUUUGCCUUGAGAUGUGGAUAAGGAAUUUUUCAUUUCACUAGCUAAAAAACAAAACAAAAUCCCAAAAUUACCAUAUUGUGAUUGAUUUGAUUAUAGAGCAAUCCAAGCUUGUCUAAAAAUAAAAGUUGGUUAUUCUAGCCAUUUAUAAUGCAAUUCACCCCAAAUGUUUCUGGAUUUCUAGUGUAAACAUAAAGACAGUCUUAAAGAAAUGAAAGAUAAUUUCAGGAAACAACAGCUGUAUAUCCACACUAACCUAGCAGCAAAUUUGUAAAAAAUGAAGUUACUUAAUGGUUUAAGGGAAACAAUCCCUCUCUCAAUCUAAUCUGAUUUUAACUUCAUAUAUCUACUGCUUUAUUUCUUAAACCUACACAAUAGGUUUUACUGAUACUAUGUUAAAUCUACUUUAAUGAUCUCUCUACCGUCUGCCAAAUGUGACUUUUAAAAUGAUAAGAGAAUAAUAUGGUGACAAUUCCAUGGAUAAUGUAUAUAUAAUCACUUAGGUGUCCCACUUUCAUUGGUCUCUAUCAAACUCAAGGACAUUAUACUUGGUAACAUGGGUAGUUUCAAACUAAAACCACAGAAAAUUUUACUAUUUACAAAUCAUAUGCUUGCAAAAGGCAAAAAUGCAAGAGUUAGAAUGUCUCUGAGUAUUGAUAAAUGCAAAUACUAAAUGACAACAGCAGCUUGUAAAUUCAUACUAAUUUUGAACCAAUUCAAUACCACUUACAUAUAUAUAUGCACAUGCUUAGUUGACUUUAGCAUUAAGAAGUUUAAAUCCUAUUUAAGUUGUUCCCUUAUAUUCAGGAGAACCAAACUAUCAAGGUGCAUUAGUAGUGACCAAAUUGUUCCUUUCUAUUAAUCCACCACAGAUCACUAGGGGGUAGGAAGUCAUUAUGAUUUCUCAUUUUAUCUUACUCAUUUGCUGACAAAAAAGAUGGUGUGAAGGUUACAAUUCAGUAGUUGGCUCUGAAUUGAAUGUUCAUGAAUAUACUAAUAACCACUGUAAUAAGUAAGAAAUCAGAGGAAAUGCUAAGGCCAAAGGAUGACAAAAAUGUAAAAGGCAUGAUUUCAUUUCAGAGUCAGAAUUUUAAUAAUUUUAUGUGAGGAAAUUUGCAUAAAUCUGUUCUUAACCUAAUUGAGAAAGGAAUAGAAGUAGGUAGACAGCCUAUGAAGCCCAGUUAAGUUUAAUUUUAAAAGUUAUGUUUUUGUUCUACUUAAACCAAUUGCAUAUACCAAUCAGAAUCAACAGAGCUCAUUCGUAGAUGACAGAAAUGUAAUUCUAAGCACCAGAUUAUGAAAGACACCUUUUUAUUUCAAAUGCUUAUGUGUUCUCUGAUGUGAGAAAAAAAAUUUUAAGAGAUAGUCUCUUUUUUAAAAAGAUUCGGCCAAAGCAUUGCUGCGAAAAAUAAAAUUCUACCUAGAGUCACUGGGGCAGGUUUGGAGAGUUAUGAACUAAAGAAUUUGAAGGAAAACUUCUUCUCCAUGUGUGUACUUUUAUUUUCAUCUGCAGAAUGUACAACACUUUAUUUGAAGAAAACAAUGUUGGCUUGAUGGCUGAAGGCAUUAAAUAACAAAAUAUGAACAUUUAAAUGUUAGAGCUAUGUUUAAAUCAGAGCUAUGCCAUUAACAAGUUAGAGUACAUUGUAAAAUUGUUUUAUUUGAAGAAAAACAUUCAAAUGCUUCCUUCUUACUCUGCUACCUGGCUGACCUAUCAUUUUAUAUGUUUCAUGUUUAUGUGCUUUACCCCUUUAUAGCUUAGGUCAUGCAAGAAAAAGAAAAAAGGUGCUCCUUAGCUGAAGAAUUAUAUUAGUAAUAAUGACAUAUUUGAAGGGUACAAUGAAUUACAUUGAGGAGAAAAUAAAUUUCUAGGAAUUAAGGGGUUUUUUUGUUCUUUGUUCUAUCAAUAGGGUGCUGGCCUGAUGCCAAAAG